AUGAAGCGAGAAAACUGGUUUCCUACUACAGCCAGUUACCUCUGUUCAGCUCAUUUUGAAGAGAAAUAUAUGUACCACACAAAUGUCCAGAGGCGCCUUUUGUCAAAACCAGUACCUACUAUCUUUAACUUUCCACCACACUUACAAAAGCAAGAUAAAGUAUUACGACCACAACCCAGAAAGCGAUCUUUCGACAAUUUGCAAGAUAGUGCUAUUACAGUGACAUCAUUAGCACAAAUGCCUGUCGGACCCACAUCUGUUUCUGCUGACCACAAUUACUGUCUAUCAAGCCCUAAGAAGUUGAAAACACAGUAUAACAGAGUACAAGCAGAGAAUGUGCGACUAAAGAAGCGGAUAAAGCAAAUGAAGCAACUUAGUGUAUGA